AUUAGUAAUGAUUAACGACGGAAAAAGCGAAGAAAACAAGAACAAUUGAGAAAGGAGCGUGGUGAAUACACACUCACACGUGUGUCCCGCAAUUUCUCCUCUUAUCAUCCUCCCUUUAGCAGCCUCUUGCCACGUGGCCCCACAUCUUUUUUCCUCUCUCGUGUUCUUGACCCUUCCUUUCUUCCCUAAUCCCCUCAGCUUACCAGAUUUACCAACAGCAGAAAUUAAUGGACUACUUGUUUAGAUUUUAGAGAGAGAAAGCUUGUUUGUUUAUUCCUAGGGUUUUUCCUUGAUAAUUAUCAUCAAUGGCGACGCCAUUGGCAGGGCUUGGACAUAGAAAUGGUGGUGGUGUUGCAGUUAUGGCUGCUUCUCUUAAUGCUGUUGAUCCUUCGCCUCCUAAACCUUCAUCUCUCAAUAAAAAUUCUCCCAUUUUGAUUUUUUUGUUUUUUCAUAAAGCAGUUAAAGCCGAGCUUGAAGCUCUUCAUCGUGCUGCUAUUCAUUUUGCCACCUAUCAAGGAACUGAUAUUACGCCAUUGUUGGACCGUUAUCACUUUCUUCGCUCCAUUUACAGGCAUCACUGUAAUGCAGAGGAUGAGGUUAUCUUCCCAGCUCUUGACAUUCGCGUAAAAAAUGUAGCUAGAACUUACUCUUUGGAACACGAAGGUGAAAGUGUCCUAUUUGAUGAAUUGUUUGAGCUGUUGAAUACAAAGGUACAAGACGAAGAAUCCUACCGAAGAGAAUUAGCUUCCCGUACGGGAGCCCUCCAGACGUCAAUUAGUCAGCACCUGUCCAAAGAAGAAGAGCAGGUGUUUCCCUUGCUUAUUGAAAAGUUCUCUUUUGAGGAGCAGGCAUCGCUGGUGUGGAGGUUCUUGUGCUCUAUACCGGUUAAUAUGAUGAUAGAGUUUCUCCCUUGGCUUUGUUCUUCUGUCUCCCCUGAUGAGAGCCAGGACAUGCAUAAAUGUCUUCAUAAAAUUAUUCCAAAUGAGGUUCUUCUUCACGAGGUCAUCUUUACCUGGAUGGAUGGACCAAAAACGGAUAAAUUUUGUACCAGUUGUCAUUCCUCAUUGGAAUGUAGCAUAGAUGCUAAAACAUGUGCUCAGCUGGUUCAAGCCAAAGGGGCAUCCUGUGCUUGUGGAUCUUCACAGACUGGAAAAAGAAAACGCGUCAAACUGAGUAGCUCCACCAUUGAUUCGGAUCUCAAUUGUCCAAUAGAUGAGAUAUUAUUAUGGCAUAAGGCAAUAAACAGAGAGCUCAGUGAAAUAGCAGAAGCUGCUAGAAAAAUGCAGCAAAAUGACGAAUUCUCUGAUCUGAAUGCAUUCAAUGAGAGACUUCACUUCAUCACUGAAGUUUGCAUAUUUCACAGCAUUGCUGAGGAUAAGGUUAUAUUCCCUGCUGUUGAUGCCGAACUCUCCUUCGCACAGGAGCAUGCUGAAGAAGAGAGCGAAUUUGAGAAAAUUAGAUGCUUAAUUGAGAACAUACAGCUUGCGAAUGCAGAAUUGUCUUUAGAAGAUUUUUACUCAACGCUUUGUUCUUAUGCCGAUCAAAUAAUGGACAGCAUACAGAAGCACUUCCAAAAUGAGGAAAUUCAGGUACUUCCACUUGCCCGAAAGCUAUUUACACCACAGAGACAAAGAGAACUUCUGUAUCAGAGCCUGUGUGUGAUGCCACUGAAGUUAAUUGAACGUGUCUUACCAUGGUUGGUCGGAUCACUCGGUGAAGAAGCCAAGUGCUUUCUCAAAAACAUGCAUAUGGCAGCCCCUGCUGCAGAUGCUGCACUUAUCACACUUUUCUCCGGUUGGGCUUGCAAAGGUAGUAAAGUGAAUGUCUGCUUGUCAUCUAGUGCUAUUGGCUGCUGUCCAGCAAGGCUGAUGAGUGGGAAAGAGACUUUAAGUAAAUGUGCUCCAUGCUUAUUUGAUGGGGACAAUGCUGCUGGAACACUUCAGGAUGGUGAAGACAGGCCAUCCAAGCGAGGAAACAUAACAUUAAGAGAGGAAGUUGAUAAUCUUGAUGAUAAGAGAGUAGAUAAUUUCCAUACGUUAUCAUGUGGUACUCUAUCCUGUUGUGUCCCUGGUUUAGGAGUCAAUAACGGUCGCCUGGUAGUUAACUCUCUAGCUCCUGCAAAGUCUCUCCGUUCUUUGUCACUUAGUCCCACUGCUCCCUCCCUGAACUCGAGUCUCUUUAAUUGGGAGACAGAGAUAAGCAUUUCAGAUACUGGAUCUUCUUGUAGGCCUAUUGACAACAUAUUUAAAUUUCAUAAAGCAAUUCGUAAAGACUUGGAAUACUUGGAUACUGAAUCUGGAAAGUUAAGUGACUGUGAUGAGGCAUUUCUUAGGCAGUUUAGUGGCCGAUUUCGAUUGUUAUGGGGACUUUAUAAAGCUCAUAGUAAUGCUGAGGAUGAUAUAGUAUUUCCAGCUCUGGAGUCCAAGGAAGCUCUUAUCAAUGUUAGCCACUCUUAUACUUUGGAUCACAAGCAAGAGGAGAUGCUUUUUGAGGACAUAUCUUCUGCACUGUCUGAGCUUUCCCAACUUUGUGGAGCAUUGAGUAGAUCUAACAUUGUUAAAGAUUCACUUGGAUUUGAGUCUAGUGCUGGUGACUCUAGUGAUGAUUUGAGAAAGUACCUAGAGCUUGCCACUAAGCUUCAGGGCAUGUGCAAAUCUAUUAGGGUAACUCUCGAUCAGCAUGUUUUCCGCGAGGAGCUGGAGCUAUGGCCUUUGUUUGACAAACAUUUUUCUGUGGAGGAGCAGGAUAAAAUUGUUGGCCGCUUAAUUGGUACCACUGGUGCUGAGGUGCUUCAAUCUAUGUUACCUUGGGUAACUUCUGCUCUCACUCAAGAGGAACAGAAUAAGAUGAUGGACACAUGGAAGAAUGCCACCAAAAAUACUAUGUUUAGUGAAUGGCUUAAUGAAUGGUGGGAAACAACCACAUCGUCUCAACAAUAUUCCACUUCAGACACAGGUUCAACACAAGGCCAUGAUAUUUGUGAUGCUCUAGACUCUAGUGAUCAAACUUUCAAGCCUGGAUGGAAAGAUAUUUUCAGAAUGAAUCAGAGUGAACUUGAGUCUGAGAUAAGGAAGGUCUCUCGUGAUUCGAGCCUUGAUCCAAGACGAAAAGCUUACUUGAUCCAAAAUUUAAUGACCAGUCGAUGGAUAGCUGCUCAACAGAAGUCUACUAAUGGAGAAACUGGUGAAUCUUCAAAUGGGGAUGACCUGCUAGGAUGUUCUCCAUCAUAUCGGGAUCCUGAAAAAAAGAUCUUUGGGUGUGAACAUUACAAAAGAAAUUGUAAACUUCGAGCUGUGUGCUGUGGAAAGCUUUUCACGUGUAGGUUCUGUCAUGAUAAAGUUAGUGACCACUCUAUGGAUAGGAAAGCCACCUCUGAAAUGAUGUGUAUGCGUUGCUGUGAGAUUCAGCCUGUUGGACCUGUUUGCACAACUCCAUCAUGUAAUGAACUUUCAAUGGCCCAGUAUUACUGUAGCAUCUGCAAAUUUUUUGAUGAUGAAAGGAGCGUCUAUCAUUGUCCUUUCUGCAACUUGUGUCGUGUGGGAAAGGGUCUUGGUUCAGAUUUCUUCCAUUGUAUGACUUGCAAUUGCUGCUUGAGUGUAAAGCUGGUCGAUCAUAAAUGUCGGGAGAAAGGUCUGGAAACAAAUUGUCCUAUCUGCUGUGAUUUCCUCUUCACAUCAAGUGCAUCAGUCAGAGCUCUUCCCUGUGGCCAUUUUAUGCAUUCAGCAUGCUUCCAGGCUUAUACUUGCAGCAACUAUAUUUGUCCGAUUUGUAGCAAGUCAUUGGGAGAUAUGGCGGUUUAUUUUGGUAUGUUGGAUGCUCUAUUGGCUUCUGAACAGUUGCCCGAAGAAUAUAGAGAUCGUUGUCAGGACAUACUUUGCAACGACUGUGGUAGAAAGGGAAGUGCACGGUUCCAUUGGCUUUACCACAAGUGUGGAUCAUGUGGAUCUUAUAAUACCCGUGUCAUCAAAACUGGUCCGACGGACACCAAUUGUUCAACAUGACAAGAAACCAAGAGACAUUUACUGCUCUCUGGGCUGCUACAUUGUAAAUAUUCUGGCGGCAAUACAUACAUCCUUAUUCUUUGUUGACCCUCUGUUCUACAAUGUUGUACUGUGAAAAGGGGUGGGAAGGCUAAAUGAGUUGCAAUAGUGGGCGGUCCUAAGAUUUCUAAACUUUUGGCAAAAAAGUCUUUAGAUCCACUUGCGCAUGCUUGGUGGUCAGUUUUCCUGAGAUGUGAAAAAAAUAUCAGUAUAGAGUAUACAAAUUUAAAUUCAAAUAGUAUGUUUUGCUAAUCGUUUUUUCUUAAUUUAAAUCAUUAGUCUAUUAAGCAAAAUAAGAUGUUAAAGUUUAGAAGUUGCCAUCUAACUAGAAGGUUACUAAUUAUGGACUGAAAAUUUUGUUAGAGAAUAUUUUAAUUUGACUUUUACUAAUUUUAGUUCAGUCUAAUUUAAACUAAUAUUAUUGACAAUGACAACGGCUUCACUGUUCAGUUUAUAAAUGUCAACGGUUUUCAGUUUUGUGUCUGCCAAAGUUAUCAUUUUAUACCAUGCAACUGAUACAAGUGUAGCGCCAGAGUGUAAAUUUUGAACUUCUUCUCCAGACUCCAAUUAUUAUACAAUCAAAAUCAAAUGGACUAAAGAUCUGGGUGUUCAAAGUUAUGUCUUCAUAGAACUUCUCAUCUAAUGCGGAAAUAUCCUAAUCACAAGUGGAAGAAUACAUUGACCAUAUGAACGCUUCUGUAUUGUUUAUGGAUCUACUGUGUUAUUAGUAAUGCGGAUAAUUGAAUCUUUGCUAUCCACA